CUGCGGUCGGUAGCGAAUGGUGGAGAGGGAGACGGAUGGUGAGCCUCCCUUUUUGAUGGAGACCAGAUACAUGACGACUCCCUGAAAGCAAUUAAACCUACAAGUAAAGAAUUUAAGAAAACUUGGAGUUUCCGUAAGACCACAAUUGCUAAACGUGAAGGUACCUCUGAUGUGGAUAUGGAGGGUUUUGAAUCCAUCCACCAAGCAGGCCCUUCUCUUAGGCGCAGUGGGCGGCAGCCAAAACGUACAGAGAGGGUAGAAGAGUUCCUUACGACAGUGAGGAGGAAUAGAGGGAGAAAAAGUGCCCCACUGGAAGAUUCAAGUGACCGAUCAUGCCCAGUAACCGACGCAGAAACUGCCUCUGAAGGAAGUGUUGAGAGCACCCCUGAUGCAAAGGGUGACAACCAGUGUUCAGAUUCGAAGUACAAGAAUGAAUUGACUUGUAAGACAGAAAUUAAAAAGGAAGAAGAUGAUAGCUCUGAUAGUGAUGGCAUGACAUUAAAAGAACUGCAAAAUAGACUGCGGAGCAAGCGCUCAGAUCAUUCAGACGUGGCAAGUCUUCCAACACAGGCUCUUAACACACCAAAAAGUGAAGCUAGCAGUACUGGAGAAUGCACAGUGCGCACUAGGAGUGCUAACCGUGCCGCCUUACUUCAGCAGCCAACACCCUGGUCCCCAGUAAAGCAGGAACCUGAAAGCCCCCCACUUUCAGAAGAGCAAAAACCGGAGGAAACCAGCAUAUCACCUAAAACCCGAUCGGAGACCGAAAUCUACGAUCCAAAUGCACUUUACUGUAUAUGUCGACAAAGGCAUAACAACAGGUUUAUGAUUUGCUGUGACAGAUGUGAAGAGUGGUUUCAUGGAGACUGUGUAGGGAUCCCUGAGGCUCGUGGGCGACUGUUGGAAAGAAACGGAGAGGAUUAUAUCUGUCCCAACUGCACCAUCCUGCAGACACAUGCUGAGAGCGCAACUGACAGUGAUCACAAAGAGGAUCCUCCCCAGUAUAAUAGUGACAUAAGUAUUGAAACUGUGGAGCUUUCGGAUGAUCAGGGCAUAAAAGGAAGAAUUGAGAAAAAAGCAGCACAUUACAGUGGGAAAAGGAAAUUGAAGAUAUUUCAUCCUGUGUCCGAAUCCACUGCAGUCUCUGAACCUCCAGCCUCAUCUGGACCUUCUGAAGUAUCUGAGUCCUCUGAAGUGGCCAGAUGCAUUGGCCCUGGCUGUUCAAACCUUGCGCUUCCAGAUUCCGUCUACUGUAGUCAUGACUGCAUUCUGAAACACGCAGCAGCCACAAUGAAAUCUCUUAAUGUGGCCAAAGAAAUCAAGCCAAAAGAGAAGAUCAAGGUAAAAACAGAGAAGAGAAUCUUGCCCAAGCCCCAGGCACCAGCCAAACUACCAACAUCCCCGAUGGAACCAGUAUCGGAGAAAAAAGACACCGUAGCAAAGAAAGCCCUGGUUACAAUCCCAAAAGUUGAACCAGAAGGAGCCAGUGAGCCAGGGGCUGAGAGCAGCAGUACACCUUCCUGGGAGAGUGACCAUAAUUACAUUGCAGUAAAGCCCGAAAAGACUGCUGCCAUAUCAUCUACACUAUUUUACAAAUGUAUGUAUCUCCUAGGGAUAUUAUCAGUAACACAACACCCACAUAUUUCUUUUUCUUAGACAGCCUAAUUACACCUAAGCAGACAUCCUACACUUGCCAGGUUGACAUCAUCAUUCUGGUUUGUAGGAGAAGUCACGUUUGCUUUCAAAAAAUGGUUUUAUUACAGUUCAGUUCAGUUUUUGCCUUUAAAGGGUAAGUAUCAUCCCUUGUGAACGCGAGUUCUGUAUGACCAUGCCCUAAAAAGUCCUGCCAGUAUCCAAGGUCCCAAGGUGUUCUGUAAAUUGCAGGAAUUGCAGACGGCCUGGCGGCAGUGUUACCCUGCCUACUCCAAAUAGUAUUAGUAGCAGUGACAUAUAGGACUCUGUACGGCAGAUUCUUAACACUGCCAUUCAUUUAUUGCCUGCUCUAGUCUAUAUUACCUUGCCUUAGCGGGUAUCUGCUGCAUUUUUAUCUACUUAGUUACUCUGGCUAGUGCAGAAUCAAGUGGCAACCUGCUUCAGAAACCCAGCACCUGUCUUUCCUAGCUGUUGGCUGAUCCUUUCUAUGAAUCCUCUGCUCUUCAGUGUAGUAUAUCCUUCAGGUUAUUUCCUUCCAGCUAGUCUUACCUGCUACCUUCAUAGUCAUGUGUUUUAGCAUCAGAAAUCUGGGGCUUUAUAAUCCUCAAUUUAAAAGGGCUUCACCAAAUGUUUUCUUUUUGCUGCUCCCUAACAUGAUUUGCUCAAAGAUCUUUUAUAACAGCAGAACUACCUCCUCAGGUAAGUGGUAAAGGAAAGCUAUAAUGGACUUGAAUUGCUGUCAUGAUUUUAUAAACAAUUAAAAAAAAAA